AUGCAGUUAAUAUCGCCAAUUCCUACCCGGGAUCCAAUCACCUGGAUGCUUAAAGGUGUGGGAGAAAGCAUGGCUUUCGCUUACUCACAAGCCGAAGUAAAUGGACUGUUAAAUCUCACGGUCAUCUAUCCAAAUGGUGUCCGAAAAUCAGUUUCACGUCCCUUGAGAAAGGACCUGGAAUUGGAAGUAGAUACUUUUGCUAAUGGUAUACUGCUUAAUCGAGGCAGUCGAAUAUUCACACUUCCCAUUCAAGAAGGCGACGAGUUUUCAUUUAAAUGUCUUUUUCGUGGAAGUCCUACGAAUGUCGAAAUCCUCCUACCAAAUGAGAUGGAGUGUUUGGAUCAAGCAAUGGAUGAGGGAAUCGACUCUAUUAGUGUCCGAUGUGAUAACCUCCAUUUUCAAGAAGGACAGUAUGGCUGCUCAGGACAGAGCGAAGACAAGAAGUUGACAGUACAUAUUUUCCUCUUUGGAAAUGCUGCUCAAUCAGUAUCUGUAAGCAGAUGGACUUUCUUUUCGAUCCCCUUUUUAUCACUGAUCGCAUGCUCUCUUUCUUGUAAAUAA